UUCGCUAACAUGCGUCAAGUCGGAUCUGUUCUGUGGCCGAGGCUUAGGGCUGUGCAGGUGUACGGAGCCAAUACUGGUGUAGGCAAGACAGUCGUCAGUACAUUGCUCUGCAAGGCUCUACGGAAGAGGCUGCCGGAUUACAAUGUACAUUACUUGAAACCGAUCUCGACGGGACCACUUGAUGAACAGGACAACCGUCAUAUAACACGGUACUCGAAGGACAUAACAUCCAAAACACUACUUCAGUUUGACGACCCAGUCAGCCCCCAUAUUGCUGCCAGGAUAUCCAAGGAGCCAGUCGAUGACCAGAGCAUCCUGACUCGUGUUUACGAUGAAUUACUUGGCUAUGCCGCCGGAAAGGAUGCCGUAGCAGUCGUUGAGACUGCUGGUGGUGUUCUCUCUCCAGCGCCUUCUGGAAACGUUCAGGCGGAUCUCUACCGACCUCUUAGACUACCCGCAUUGCUCGUGGGUGAUCAUCGCUUGGGUGGCAUCGGCACGACCAUCUCGUCUUGGGAAUCACUUCACGUCCGCGGAUACGAUGUAAACUCUGUUUUGCUCUUCGAGGAGUCAAAAUAUGAUAACCACACUUACCUGAAAGACUACUUCAAGGAAAGAGGCAUCUUGACUCUUUCUUUGCCACCACCUCCUGAUAUCAAAUCUACCCAAGCAGAAGACGAGCAAUCUAUGAAACAAUACUACGACUCGGCCAGCAGCUCAAUCAGCCUCGAAAAGUGCAUCGACAACAUCAUCCGCGCUCACGACCAAAGACUGUCUAGCUUACAAUCAUUGCCCAAGAGAGCCGAUAGCAGCAUCUGGCACCCCUUCAUGCAACACACGGAAAGAUCGGAGCAGAACAUCCUGGCCAUCGACUCGGCCUACGGCGACUAUUUCCAAACUCACAACUCUUCUGGCUCUGGCUCGAAGAAGGGUAAUCAACUCAAACCUGCUUUUGAUGGCUCAGCAUCUUGGUGGACACAAGGUCUCGGUCAUGGAAAUCCUGCAUUGGCUCUUACUGCCGCACACGCCGCUGGACGUUAUGGCCAUGUCAUGUUUGCUGGUGCUGCACAUGAACCUGCUGUAUCGCUCUCCGAGACGCUGCUCCAGAACAUUGGCAACUCCCGUCUGUCAAAGGUCUUCUUUAGCGACAACGGAAGCACUGGCAUGGAGGUUGGCGUCAAGAUGGCGCUCAAAGCAGCCAGUAAGCGUUACGGCUGGUCUCCAGACGAUGAGAUCUUGAUCCUCGGUCUCAAGGGCAGCUAUCACGGCGACACCAUCGGUACCAUGGACUUGUCAGAACCAUCGACAUACAACAAAAAAGUCGAAUGGUACUCAGGACGUGGCCACUGGUUCGACUUCCCACUUGUCAAGAUGCAAGAGGGCAAGUGGAUUGUCGAGCCACCAGCAGGUAUGGAGGAAGAGUUUGGCCCUGUCCGCUCUUUCUCCAGUUUAGACGAGAUUUUUGCAUUAUCAAGCAGAAAAGCCGAUGCUGAGCGCUACGAGUCUUAUAUCAAGACUUCUCUCGAAGCUUUGACUGCAGAAGGCAAGAAGUUCGGCGCUCUCAUCAUGGAGCCAGUCAUACUCGGCGCCGGCGGUAUGCUCUUCAGUGAUCCUCUCUUCCAACACAUGCUGGUCAAGGUUACACGUGAGCAGUGUCCAGAACUCUACGGCAACCCUGAAGCUACACCGGACUCGGAGCUGGCAUGGAAGGGUGUCCCGGUUGUCUUCGACGAAGUCUUUACUGGUCUUUACCGUCUUGGCCGUUUCAGCAGUUCAUCGUUUGUCGAUGUCCAGCCCGAUAUCUCUGUCCACGCCAAGCUGCUUACUGGUGGAUUGCUGCCUCUCUGUACCACCCUUGCCAGCGAGAGCAUUUUCGAGGCCUUCUUGAGUCCUGAGAAGUCGGAUGCUCUGCUGCAUGGCCACAGCUAUACUGCACAUGCCGUUGGCUGCGAUAUCGCCAGAUACUCCCUCAAGACAAUGAAGGAAAUGGACGAAGGUGCUACUUGGACCAGCUUCAAGUCUGCCUGGAAACAAGAGGACGAUGCCAAGCAGAACCUUUGGAGCAUGUGGUCGCAAGACUUUGUGCGUGAUCUUUCGCUCAGACCAAACGUCGAGAGCGUGUUUGCCAUUGGCUCUGUUCUGGCAAUCUCGCUCAAGGAUCCUGCUGGCUCCGGAUAUACCUCGACGGCUGCGACUGGGUUGAGAGAUACACUCCUCCAUAAUUCCUCAUCUGAGAACGCCAUUCACUCGCGUGUCUUGGGCAACGUGUUGUAUCUGAUGGCCAGUAUGACCACGUCGCCGGACACGAUCGCAAGCAUUCAGAAGAAGGUGCAGGCCGCGAUGGACUGA